AUGACUUCAGUAGAUAAUUGCUACACUAUUAAUAAUGAAGAUCCGGAUUUAUUAUCAACUACAAUUAUAUUCACUGCAAAAUAUGGUUAUUUGAAAUGCUGUAAUUUAUCCUUUAAUAAAGCAAUAUAUUCAUCUGCAAUCAGUCUUCGUACAACAGAAUCUUAUUGCAUAAAUUUCUCUACCAUAAGUAACAAUUCUAAUUCCAAACAGGCAAAUGAUAUUAAGCAAGAUAAAGUUUGUAUUUUUUCAAGCCAUAUUCUUAACAAUAGUGAUGAACGCCUUGUUUGCUUAAGAGCUGCUCAAUUAGUAAUUAGAAAAUCAGUAAUUUAUGGUAAUAAUGUAUCAACAAUAUUUUAUAGUGAAAAUGAAGGGAGAUCAUUUUACCUUCUUAACGAAGUCUAUAUGGAUAAAGUAAGCACAGGUGGUAAUUUGUCAAUAAGUUACAAUAAUAAUUACAGAAUCAACACGUACAAUUUGAGUAUAACAUGUCCUCCACUUCCUCUUCCAAUGACAGCCCCUAAGAAGAUGGAACAUGUUAAUAAUGCAUAUAAGAAAUAA